CCCACACAUACAUGGAAGGCCAGGAUCUACUUUGGGGUGUGAAGGUCAUCCCCAAAGGAAAUUCCAAACAUUUAUGUAGCAAUCUCUAAACUAAUAAGCUCUGCAUUUUUUAUUUUAAUGAAGUAGGUGCUUACAUAAACAGAUAAAAUAAUGACAGUGUUUAUUUUCCCUCUCUCCAACUGAUUUGAAAAUCUCAUGAGAAAUUGGCUGAUGCCGGUAUCAUGUCCCGUACGUAAGCCGCUACCUCGCUCAUUAUAAAUUUUGUCCCUGUUAUCAAUGCCUUAGCACCUCACAGCCUUCUCUCCUCUCCUCUUCUCUUCCCUUCUCUUCACUUCUCUCACCAUUCUUGAUCAGGCAUGGCUGUCUCGGGGCUUGUCAUUAGAUUAAACCCGUGUAUAUCUCCACACCUGACAACAUCCCCAAGGCAAAGCCAUGGCUGCAGAAAACAGUUCUACUUGAGAGCUUCAGCCACAAGUUCAGAUGGUGAGGAUGGGAAGAUGAUGAUAAGGACAGAGAAAGGGGGUUGGAAGAUUGAUUUCUCUGGAGAAAAGCAACCCACACCAUUGCUCGAUACAAUCAACUAUCCUGUUCACAUGAAGAACCUCUCUGCACAGGAUCUUGAACAACUAGCAGCAGAGCUCAGAGUGGAUAUUGUUCACAGUGUAUCAAAGACAGGAGGACAUCUUGGUGCAAGCUUAGGAGUUGUGGAGCUGACUGUGGCUCUGCACCACGUCUUCAACACCCCUGAAGACAAAAUUAUAUGGGAUGUUGGUCAUCAGGCAUACCCACAUAAAAUUCUGACAGGGAGGAGGUCUAAAAUGCACACCAUUAGAAAAACUUCAGGGCUAGCAGGGUUUCCUAAAAGGGAUGAGAGCAUUCAUGAUGCUUUUGGUGCUGGCCAUAGUUCUACAAGCAUCUCUGCUGCACUUGGUAUGGCAGUUGCAAGAGACCUUUUAGGGAAGAAUAACAAUGUCAUUUCUGUGAUUGGAGAUGGAGCCAUGACUGCAGGGCAAGCAUAUGAGGCCAUGAACAAUGCAGGAUACCUUGAUGCUAACCUGAUUGUCAUAUUAAAUGACAAUAAGCAAGUAUCCUUACCCACAGCUACUCUUGAUGGCCCUGCAACUCCUGUUGGAGCUCUCAGCAGUGCUUUAUCCAAGCUCCAAGCAAGCCCUAAGUUCCGGAAACUUCGUGAAGCUGCAAAAAACAUCACAAAGCAUAUUGGACCGCAAGCACAUGAAGUUGCAGCAAAAGUGGAUGAGUAUGCAAGGGGUAUGCUUGGUGCUCCUGGGUCUACUCUCUUUGAAGAGCUUGGGUUAUAUUACAUCGGUCCAGUCAAUGGGCACAAUAUAGAAGAUUUAGUCACCAUUUUCCAGAAAGUAAAAGAAAUGCCUGCACCAGGUCCAGUUCUUAUACACAUUGUAACAGAGAAAGGCAAGGGCUAUCCGCCAGCGGAGGUAGCAGCUGACAAAAUGCAUGGGGUUGUCAAGUUUGAUCCGAAAACAGGAAAACAAUUUAAGCCCAAAUCCCCUACACUUUCAUAUACCCAGUACUUUGCGGAAUCCCUGAUAAAAGAAGCUGAGGUAGAUAACAAGAUUAUCGCCAUCCAUGCGGCGAUGGGUGGUGGGACUGGCCUCAAUUAUUUCCAGAAGAAGUUCCCAGAUCGCUGUUUCGAUGUGGGAAUUGCAGAGCAACACGCUGUUACAUUUGCAGCUGGUUUAGCCACAGAGGGUCUCAGGCCAUUUUGUGCUAUCUAUUCAUCCUUCCUGCAGCGAGGUUAUGAUCAGGUGGUGCAUGACGUAGAUCUUCAGAAACUACCUGUCCGCUUUGUAUUGGAUCGGGCUGGUUUGGUUGGUGCAGAUGGCCCCACACACUGUGGAGCAUUUGAUAUCACGUACAUGGCUUGCUUGCCCAACAUGGUGGUCAUGGCUCCAUCUAAUGAAGCAGAGCUGAUGCAUAUGGUUGCGACGGCAGCAACCAUUGAUGACAGACCUAGCUGCUUCAGGUUCCCAAGGGGUAAUGGAAUUGGAGCAGUCCUUCCUCCCAAUAACAAAGGAGUACCAAUUGAGAUUGGAAAGGGGAGAAUACUGAUGGAAGGCAAUAGAGCUGCUAUUUUGGGAUAUGGGUCAAUAGUUCAACAAUGUGUGGAAGCAGCAGGCUUGCUCAGAUCCCAAAACAUAUCUGUGACAGUUGCCGACGCAAGGUUUUGCAAACCCUUAGAUGCAGAUUUAAUCAAGAGAUUGGCGAAGGAGCAUGAAAUCUUAGUUACUGUAGAGGAAGGCUCCAUUGGAGGUUUUGGAUCUCAUGUGUGUCAAUUCCUAAGCUUAAAUGGUAUUCUGGAUGGACCCCUUAAGUUCUUUUUAGAGCUUUCUGCAGUUGAGGGCAAUGGUACUUCCUGAUAGAUACAUAGAACAUGGAUCACCCCUAGAUCAGAUUGAAGAAGCAGGGCUCUCUGCCAGGCAUAUCUGUGCAACAAUGUUAUCCCUCUUGGGGAUAUCCAAAGAAGCUCUCAAGUUCAAGUGAGUCCACACACGGAAGCAAAUAUUGACUUACUAGUUAUGAAUAUCAUCCACAUCUGUAAUUGGUUCUAGUUUGGCUUUAAGAGGAAAAGAAACACAGAAAACCCAAACUCAAAAGCUUAUCAUUGGGUUCCAAGAGACUGAGGGUCCAAGACUCAUUAAAAUUAUUUUCCCUAUAUCCCUUACCACAAACGUAUCUAUUUAAGGGAUUUGAAUAGAAUUUAAAAAGACACAAAUUGUGUGUUUCUGUAUAUUCAUUUUCUCCUCUUGUAAUGUAAAAUAUAUAUUAUAUUACAUGAACGAAGUGAAGUAUCAUAUGAUUAUCCCAUGAAGCAAAAGUUUUCUUGAAUAGAAAAUUGGCAAUGCAUCUUGCCCUAUUGUGUU